AUGGCGGGAUCUUGCACAACAUCGGUAAAUAUUAAAGAGCCGCGCCACUGCACUCGGCACAGACGCACGCCACACGCCAAAAUGAUCCACCACGCCGCCAUUGUUUGCACCGUACUCCUAGCCAGCCAGUGCUUGGCAAAUCCAGUGGCGGAUCCUGAUCCUUUCGGCACCCAUCGAACACACGUGCGCAUUCACGUGCCAUACGAGGUCCACACCCUGCACCAUCACCACAUCGAAAAAGUGCCUGUCAUCAAGGAAGUGCCGGUCAUUAGGGAGGUUCCCGUCGUGAAGGAGGUGCCGGUUAUCAAGACAGUACCAGUUUUUAAUACCGUGCACGUACCUGUCGUGAACACCGUGGCGGUGGAAAAACCAGUAUUCAUACCGUACCACGUAAAGGAAUCCCUGUGGCAC